AUGAAGAAUACCUCUAUCUCUGUCCGCAGCGAGUGUCAUCAGUGGCCACACAUCGCUCGCUUUGAUAUCAUUUCACGAUUUCAGCGUGCAGAGAAGCAGGCGGUUAAUUUGAAGGCUGUGCCUCGGUCCUGCGUGAAGAUCCCUGCCAGUGACAGUGUUAGCUACGACGGCAUAUGGACUGUUCUGUUGUCUACUUUAGGAUUUGAGAUUCUACCUCUUGGUGGCACUUGGAAGUUGUGUUGA